AUGAGCGAUUCAAUGGACCGGGAUUAUGAUGGGGAUGGUGAUUUUGUGAUUCACGCCAAUGCAUCGCCCCAGAAUUAUGGGGUUAGCGAUCUAGAGGAUUCAGACGACCCACAAGAAUACGAGUAUCCUGAUGAAGAUGAGGUUGAUGAACGAGAAGAUGGCGAUAACAACUCCUCAGAAGCACAGGACGAAUACGGGGUCUCCCAUAAUGAAGAUGGCGAUCCGGAGGAGGAGGCGUACAGAAUGAGUACAGACGGAAUCGACCGCCAGGCAUUUGCUAGCCCUACUCGCAGACCUCCGGCGUCGCUUCAGCAGUUGCUGGGCUUUUUAUCUCAAAGCAUGGAUACCCAUGAAGCAACACGCGACUCGCAUGUGGACCCUGGCGCCACCACAGAUGAUCGACAGUCGCGGAGAGUGGAUAUCGCGGACAUCUUCCCAGAGAUGUUUGGCUUGGGAGGUCCUGGACACGUCUUUUCGCAGGGCAGGCCAAAUGGUCGUAUAGCAAAGCUUCUUCAAAAUAUAGCAGCAGCACACGAAGACCCCUAUAUGGCGCAAGAAAGUCUACGCGAAAUAUCAGAACAACUUCUCAUGAUGAAUUCUUUGACAGCAGAGCGCCUUAUACCACAAGAAGAACUUUUGAAAAAUGUUAUUCGAAUCCUGGAGAGUGCACAGUUGCAGACCGAGCUCGAACUUCAAAUGAUCUCGUGCCGUUGUUUGUAUAAUCUUUUCGAAGUCAAUCCCGAUAUCGUAGCAGUGGCGGUUGAACAUGGCGUUAUUGGAACUUUGCACGAGAAGCUCUUAGAGAUCAGCUACAUUGACUUAGCGGAGCAAGUUUUGGAAACUCUUGAAAUUGUUUCCAAAUUGCACGGGCGGGAGAUUCUUGAAGCUGGCAGCUUGUUGGCUUGUUUACAGUACCUUGACUUCUUUACGUCCCAUGCACAAAAAAAAUCCAUUAUCAUAGUGGUAAACUCAUGUGCCCGUAUUCGCAUUCAAGAUUUUGAAAAGGUUGCAGACGUCGUACCUGUGCUCAAACAAGUAUUCGCCACUCAUACGGACCACACGAUUUUGCUGAAGGUACUUGAUGCAUUUUAUGGGAUAUGUUGUGGACUCAGAAAAGAACCGAAACUACUUACGCAGUUGUUCGAUUUUGAACUACUUCAGAAAAUAAUGCAACUAAUCAUCAACGGAGAAACGAAUCUUGAAACACGACUCAAAUCUUUCGAUAUGUUGUCUCAAGUAUUUAUAAGCUCUGAACAAUUAACACUGCAAGUCAUUAGAUCUCGAAAAGUUGUGAAUUUAUUGAUGAGUUCCAUCAGUGACUUUAAAAAGACCUCGAAAACCCCUUUGCACGAAAGGAUUAUGUUUGUUCCCAAAUCUUUGUUAACAAGCAUUUCUCGGUUUAUUGCUGUUUUGCUGCCUGUCGAAGAAAGUCCAGUUUUUACUGCUGACUGUCGCAAAGCAAUGGAUUUGACAGGGAUCGAAAGCGAUCUGAAGCAAUUGAUUGAAGACAUUACCCCAAUUUUAAUUGAGAUUUAUAUCAAUGCUGUUGAUUUCAACAUAAGAAGGUUCGUGCUCGUCGCUCUUUCACGUAUCUCAUCGUCUCAUAGACCUGAUGCUACGAGUAACAACGAUAAGCGAAUUAUAUCCAUGAUCGCAUCAAGCUUUGCUCGAAAUAAAUCCCUUUUCGAAGAAAGUGAGUUCAAAGAUGUGAAAUCUGGAGCAUUGUUGCUGGGCUGUGCUGCUUUUGCCAGUACCCUAAUUGAUAAACACCCAUCUGGUUUUUUGCCAGCAUUCAGACGAGAAGGCAUUUUUGAGUUAAUGAAAGGCUUACUUGAGCAAAUGUCUCUCAUCAUACCUGGAGAGUUACCUGAUGAAAGAGAUGACAAUUACUCCCACGAUGAUGAAGAAUAUUCUGAUGAUAGUGAGAUCGAAAAUGAAAGCGACGAUGACUACAACAUGGAGUUAGACGAAUACGAUGGUAUUAGUCAAAUAAAACCUCGAAAGAUGACUUUUCAUAUCUUGAAGCGAUUGAGGCUAUCGUACGUCAAAGUGGAAUUGGAUGAUAUCCUGAAGAAGGUCUCGACCAUGUCAAGUAAAGAAAAUAUCGCGAUGGGAGAGUUGAAUGAGAUAGGCUCGUUGGUAAAGAGGCUGCAAAUGCUCGAUGUUAAAUCGGAUACUUAUGAUCAUUGGCUAACUGUGUGGAAGGAUGUCAAAUCCAAACUUUUCUCAUCGAAUUUUGUGAUAUCCAGCUUCGAGUUCAUAACGACUGGGUUGGCGGAAGAAAUGUCUAAAAUUAUUAGUAGUAGCGCUGCUAGAACUUCGAUUUGUCAAAGAGCCCUGAUAGAUGCAUUUGGAAAUGAGCUGGAAUCAUUUGUUCGAAUAUUGCAGUCCGCUUUAACACGGUUGGAGUCGUUCCCGUUGAUAGACAGCGGAUUACACGGUGAGGAGGGAAAAGCGGCGUCUUUGGGUAAGCAAAUUAAACUGAACCUAGAAUAUGAGGAAGAUACUGACAAUGAUGAUAUUCCUUCAAAUUUGAAAUCAAUCAUGGUUACUAUCCACUGCAUUGCUUCAUUCAGAUCUCUCAAUGAUUUCUUGAAACACAGGUUAUUAAAAUCUCAAUUAAUGGGCUCUUCAGUACCAAUGGUCACCCUUCAGUCAGAAAGAAUGAACAAACUUGAUGAUUGGAAGUUUGACUUUUCAUUUCAAGGUACAGAAUGCAGUCAUCAGGAUACCAUUUUCGGCUCCAUUCUCAAAGGUUUUGGUAGUUCUUCCGCUACAAAAAAGGAUAAUAAGCAUAUUUGGAGCGACUUGCAUGUUGUUAAGUAUAGAAAAUCGAAAAACAUUCAGGAAAAGCCCAUAAUCGGCAAUAUGUACGCUGAUGUUGCUGAUCAUGAUAAGUCCACGAAACAGGUCUAUGAGCUUUUGAUUUUGUUAAAAGCGCUUAAGAACAGCUGCAUAGGAAAUGAAUGUUUCAUAAAUCCAAAACUGAGCUCGAAGCUUGCCUGUCAAUUAGACGAGCCACUUAUUGUAUCAGGGGGCGCUCUUCCUCCUUGGACAUUGCAUAUCACAAGACAUUACCCAUUCUUAUUUCCGUUAGAUAUUAGAAUGUUUUUUUUGCAAAGUACUUCAUUCGGGUAUGGUAGGCUUAUACAGAUUUGGAAAAACCGCGCUGGUAGCGAUAAAGGUGACGGGAGGGACAGUGCUUUCCAUCAACUGGGUAGGCCAACCAGGCAUAAAUUAAGGAUAUCUAGGGAAGCGUUGUUUCUAAGUUCCUUGAAGAUUCUGUCUAAAUAUGGGUCAUCGCCUAACAUACUCGAGAUUGAGUACCUCGACGAAGUUGGAACGGGGCUAGGGCCCACAAUGGAGUUUUAUGCUAUGACAUCAAAAGAAUUCACGAGGGCAUCUUUAGAGCUAUGGAGGGUUGACGACUAUGGCUCAUGCAAAAAGAGCGAAUUUGUUGAGGGAGCCCUCUUCCCAUCUCCCUUACUUGCUGCCGGUGAUCACGAGAAAACCUUAGAACUUUUUAAGAAGCUUGGAGUUUUUGUUGCUAGAUCUAUGCUGGACAAUCGCAUUUUAGAUUUCCGCUUCAGCAGAGCGUUUUUCGAACUGGCGCAUUUGUACGCAGCAGAGGAACGGUUUACUUUCGAAGAUAAAGAGUCAGCUCUGCAAUUUUUGAGUAUAGUAGAUCCCCAAUUGGCCAAAUCUCUGAGGUUUUUGCACGUGCACAAAGAUGACACUGUUUUAGAGUCACUGUCAUUGACGUUUUACCUUCCAGGUUACGACGUUGAGUUGAUUGAAAACGGGAUGGAAAUAGCUGUCACCAAGACUAACUUCGACAUGUAUUUCUCUUGUGUUAUGGACCAAGUGUUGGGAUCAGGAGUCGAAAAGCAAAUACGCAGCUUUAUGGAAGGAUUCUCACAAGCUUUUCCUUACCGGUCUUUGCUCAUUCUAACUCCAGACGAGCUUAUUGAAUUAUUUGGUAGAGUAGAAGAAGAUUGGUCAGCAGAAACACUGUAUGCAAACGUUGAAGCUGAUCAUGGCUACACGCAGGACUCAAGCACAGUGCGUGAUCUAAUUUCAUUGAUGUCAUUUUUUUCAGAUAAUGAGCGGCGUUUGUUCUUACAGUUCCUGACGGGCUCGCCCAAAUUGCCAGUUGGUGGUUUUAAGAGUUUAAACCCAAAGCUUACGGUUGUUCGUAAACAUACAGAAGAAGACAUGGGACCUGAUGAGUACCUACCAAGCGUUAUGACCUGUGCAAAUUAUCUGAAAUUGCCAAAAUACAGCAGCAAAGAAGUUUUAAGAUCAAGGAUUUACCAAGCUAUGAACGAGGGAUCGGGUGCAUUUUUGCUUUCAUGA